AUGGCUGGAUUCUCAGCUCUUGGGCUGCUCUUUCUUUUUCAACUACUAGCCACAUCCUCAGCUCAGAGAGCAGGACCACGAGGCCCUCCUGGACCACGAGGACUCCCUGGAUCACCUGGCAAGGAAGGCAUAGAUGGAGAACCUGGCCCACCUGGUUUACCUGGCCCACCAGGGCCGAAAGGUGCAUCAGGGAAGCCUGGAAAGGCCGGUGAAGCAGGGUUACCUGGCCUUCCUGGAGUGGAUGGUUUAACAGGACCCGAUGGCCCGCCCGGCCCAAAUGGGCCACCAGGAGAAAGAGGUGCUUUAGGACCUGCAGGGCCGCCUGGACCAGCUGGCAAAGGACUGCCAGGCCCUCCGGGGCCUCCAGGAGCCAGCGGACUCCCGGGUGGAAACGGACUUCAGGGGUCACCUGGACCAUCAGGUCUUCCAGGAUUCCCAGGACAGCCUGGACCUCCAGGGCCUCCAGGUCUUCCAGGGGUUCUUCCUGAUGGCAGUGGGGACCUUCAGUGCCCCGCUCUCUGCCCCCCAGGCCCUCCGGGUCCUCCAGGAAUGCCAGGAUUCAAGGGGCAUACAGGCCACAAAGGAGAACCUGGGGAAAUAGGAAAAGAUGGUGAGAAGGGAGACGCAGGCCCUCCAGGUCCUCCGGGGAUUCCAGGCAGUGUCGGCCUGCAGGGGCCAAGAGGGUUAAGAGGCCUCAUUGGCCCAGAGGGUCCAGUCGGGGACAGGGGACCUAUUGGUUUCAGAGGGCCACCAGGACUCCCAGGACCUCCAGGGAAAGCAGGAGACCGAGGAGACAGAGGGCCUCAAGGGUUCAGAGGGCCCAAAGGGGAUACUGGUAGACCUGGACCAAAAGGAUCGCCAGGGACCGGUGGACCCAUAGGAGAACCUGGCAUGCCUGGCAAAGAUGGACGAGAUGGAACGCCUGGACUCGAUGGUGAGAAGGGUGACGCUGCCCGCUUCGGUCCUCCUGGAGAGAAGGGGCCAAACGGACUUCCUGGGUUACCAGGAAGACCAGGUCACAAGGGUCCAAAGGGUGAACUAGGUAGUCCUGGAGAGAUGGGAGAGGCAGGUCCAUCGGGAGAGCCCGGUAUCCCUGGUGAUGCCGGUAUCCCUGGUGAGAGAGGUGAGCCCGGACCUAGAGGAUCAUCUGGUGCACUUGGUCUUCAAGGCCCAUUGGGAGCCCCAGGUGUAAGAGGCUUUCAGGGCCGCAAAGGUGCCAGUGGGGAACCUGGACUCCCUGGUCCUACGGGGAUUCGUGGUGAAUUUGGUGACAGGGGUUCUGGUGGAGUUUCUGGUCCCAAAGGUAACCAGGGCACUGCUGGAGCAGAUGGCCUGCCAGGUGACAAAGGAGAACUGGGUCCUUUCGGCCCCCCAGGACAAAAGGGAGAGUCAGGAAAAAGAGGCGAGCUGGGUCCUAAAGGUAUACAAGGACCUAACGGGACUUCUGGUGUGCAAGGGAUUCCAGGUCAUCCAGGACCUAUGGGCUACCAGGGAGAGCAAGGUAUCCCCGGCAUUACUGGAAAACCUGGUCCUCCAGGCAAAGAGGCCAGUGAACAACACAUAAGAGAACUCUGUGGGGGAAUGAUAAAUGAACAAAUUGCACAGUUAGCUGCUAAUUUGAGAAGGCCCUUGGCUCCGGGACUGAUGGGUCGACCUGGCCCAGCGGGUCCCCCAGGUCCACCUGGGGCAAUGGGAAGUGUUGGUCAUCCCGGUGCUCGUGGUCCACCUGGAUAUAGAGGGCCGACAGGAGAACUUGGAGACCCUGGUCCCAGAGGUGAUACAGGUGAAAAGGGAGACAAAGGAGGCACUGGCAUAGGUAUUGAUGGGCCUGAUGGAGAUCAAGGACUUCAAGGUCCACCAGGUGUAACUGGAAUUAGUAAAGAUGGUCGAGAUGGUGCUCAUGGUGAACCCGGUCUGCCAGGUGAUCCUGGUGUACCUGGUGCAAUAGGGGCUCAGGGAACUCCAGGAAUCUGUGAUACAUCAGCCUGCAUGGGUGCUGUUGGAGGAGGAUCCAAAAAAUCUUCAGCACUAAAAGUGGAGAAGUGA